AUGUAUACAAAUUUGCUUGAUCUUAUUCCGCCUGAAUUGAUACCAUCUAUUACAAAGAAUCUCCCGAUCCAAGAUCUUAAAAAUUGCUGUAGUCUAGAUAAUAUAUGGAAAACCGAAGUGAUUAGAGAAAUUCGCAAAAGAUUAAUAGUGGACUGUACAUUCAUUGAUAGUAAAACAACUGUUAAAGCACUUAUUGAUCUCAAAUCCCAGUAUAACAGUAUCAGUAAAGCACUUGUCAAAAAAAUGGACUUAUAUAUUUCUAGAGAUUGGGGAUCACGAUAUCCUGCAGUGAAAAAACUUGGUGUUGGUGCAACAAAUGCUGGCAAGAAAGUAAUGGUGAGAGUCAUUGACAAACCCGAAUAUGACUUAGUUUUGGAAAGUACGUGGCUAACGAGAUUGGGUGACAGGAUUGAUGAGCAUGAUGGAAAAUACUGGAAGACUAAUGAGGAAAAAAGGAUAUAUUACGUAAGAAAAAAAUUGAUAUAG